AUGGCGCAACUCCCCACACCCCACCAGCCUCCGGCCCUCACACGGCCGCGCGCCCCUCGUCCUCGCCGUCGACGACAACCUUAUCAAUCGCGAGGUGACCACAACCCCAUCACGCCCCCCACCAACCUCAACUCACACCCCACUAACCCCUCCCCCCAGAUCCUAACCCGCCUUCUCAACAAACACAGGUACCCGCACCACACGGCCGAAAACGGCGCCGAGGCCGUCGAAGCCUACAGGGCCAUGCACCACAGCCUCCGCCUCAUCCUCAUGGACACAAGCAUGCCCAUCCUCGACGGCCUCUCCGCGACACAGCAGAUCCGCGCUUUCGAAGCCCAGUACCGCCUGCCGCGCGUGCGCAUCGUGGCCAUGAGCGCCAACGCGCUAUCGGGCCAGCGGGAGAAGGUGUUGGGCGGGGGCGCGGAUGAGGUGCUGUUCAAGCCGGUUCGGGAGCGGGAAUUGGUGACGGCGUUGGAGGAGGCGGGUGGGAGGGGGGUGUGGGGAGGGGAGUUUUGGAUGCCGCGGCGGGAGGGGGUGGAGAGGAGGCUGGGGAUGGUUAGGGGGCAUUUGGGCGGGGGAGGGGGAUGGGGUGGGAAUGGGAGUGGGUGGUAA